UGACCAAAAACUCCCAUUAGUUUAGGGUAAAAAUUUCUAUUAGUUGAAACAUUCUUUGUUCCUCCAGCACCGCCUGCAAUUCUCGACCCAUCUUUCUCCGGUUUACCUCUGUCGCCGUGUGAAUCUGUUAUAUCUCAUAGCUUGUCUCUAUCUGUGACUGAGGCGUAAUUUGAACAUUGAAACAAACCCAAUGACUUCUACAGUUCAUCAGAGUCAGAAUCCAGCUACUUCAUUCAAAAGAUGGGGCAGGAAAAGCCCUUUUGUCAGAUAUGGUCUUCCUAUGAUCUCUCUUACUGUCCUUGGCUCUCUUGGCCUUGCUCAUCUCUUGCAAGGAAGUAAGGAUAUUGCAAAGGUGAAAGAUGAUCAGGAAUGGGAAAUCAUUGAAGCAAGAAAAGCCUUGUCUAGAACAGGGCCAGUGGAUGCAUACCAGCCAAAAAAGAUUUCAUUGGAGGAUGAGCUAAAGGUUUUGCAACAAAAAGUGGACAUUAACGACUAUGAGUACAAGAAAAUUCCUAAACCAAAUGAAAGCCACAGAAACUAGAUUAGAGCUGUGGACUUGAAUAAACUUUUGUCACAAUUCUACAUGUAUCAAAAUCAAAUUUAAGGAAGUAAGAGCUGGUUUUCAUCCCGCAAGUGAAGGUAUUAUCAACGUGCGUCUUUAGUACUUUGCCUUUUGACUAUGUAUGACAUUAUGAGAGAGGAAGUCAAGAUAAAUUCUUGAGUCUGGAAUUUUUCUGUAUCAAGGAUUUCCAAGUACUGGACUGUAAACAGCAAAAUGUACAUGCUUGGUUCUACUUUAUAAUAAGGGUGAAAAAUGUGUAAAUGUUUAUUGCCAUGUUUUAACUUGUUAUAACGAUAAAAUAGUGCUAAUGGAGUCCUCUUGCAGUUACAACUGAACAA